GACAUCUGAAUGCCCAUGGAAGUUAGCAACAUCACCACAGUCACAGCCUUUGUUCUCCUAGGACUAUCCACCAACCCCCAGUUCCAGGCACUUCUCUUUGUACUGUUCCUGGUGAUUUAUUUCUUGACCCUCUCAGGGAACCUGCUCAUGGUGGUGGUGAUCAGUACAGAUUCCCACCUCCACACCCCCAUGUACUUCUUCCUGAAAAACCUCUCCCUCCUGGAUGCUUUCUAUUCCUCGGUCAUUGUGCCUAAACUGCUAGAGAACCUUCUUUCUAAGUGGAAGACUAUAUCUUUUGUUGGGUGUUUUGCCCAGAUCGCUCUGGUUUUAUUUUGUGGGGGCACUGAAGCCUGCCUUCUUUCUGUCAUGGCCUAUGACCGGUUUCACACUGUGUGCCACCCCCUGAUGUAUGUGAUGGUCAUGAACAAGAGGGUGUGUGCUGGCCUGGUCAUGGCAUGCUGCGCCUUAGGAAUUGGGACCAGCCUAAUCAACAUUCUCCCCCUGGCUCAGCAGCACUUCUGUGGUCCCAAUCGCAUCCAUGGUUUUGCCUGUGAGCUUCCCCCAGUGCUCUUUUUGGCCUGUUCUGACGCUUACACCAGCAUCAUCAUCAUUCUGGCCACAAUGGUAAUUGUGGGCUUGAGCACCCUUGUCCCAUUGCUGAGUUCCUACAGUCGAAUCAUCGUGACAGCCCUGAGGAUCAACUCUGCCACGGGUCGGAGCAAGAUCUUCUCCACCUGCUCUUCUCAUCUCAUAGUAAUCACUAUCUUUUUUGGUUCAGGAUUUUUCAGGUACAUGACUCCAGCAUCCGGCUCAGUCCUGGAACAAGUGAUCUCCGUGCAGUACAGUGUCGUGACCCCGCUGCUAAACCCCCUCAUCUACAGCCUGAAGAACAAAGAGGUGAAGGCUGCUCUGAGAAGGAUGCUGGCCAGGAAGUCCCAGCUUACUUUCUGACCCAGG